AUGCUCGACCACGUCUUCGGCCGCCCUUCCCCCACUGUACGCCGUACCCAGAUCUUCCUCGUCCUCUUCUUCUGGGUAUGGCGACUGUACAAGGGUGACGGGAGCGCGAUGGGCGCGGGAAGGCGCCGGAUCGCACGCGUCCCGCCUCGCGACGUGACGUAUUCCCGUACAUGGUGGCGGAGAGUAUGGGCGUUGCUCGUCGCGCGCCGUAGCGGACCACGCUGGAUGUCCAAUUUUAACGUUAGGCUGAAGUCGUUCACACCCUAUCAGCUCAUUCUGGGAACCCUGACCAUUGUGUAUGCCCUGCGUCACCUUGACGAUCUCUUAGGAAUCGGAGCACCAGAACCAUUAGCAAACAUGUACUCAAGAUCCUACUACCGCGCCACUUAUGUCAACACGGCACUAGACGCAGGGUUCGCGUCCGCCAUGUCGAUCAGGCCAAAGUGGCUCAAGGACAUUUCCAGCCUCGUGUUUGGUGUCUACUACUUGCUGUGGGCCUCGGAGGGUGAUGAAGUGCUCCGACGUUACCGUGCCUUGUGCAGCGUCGAAAUGUUGCGCACCACCUGGGAGAAGACAUACAACAACCCCUACCUCCGCGGCUUCAUCAAGCUGCACCUGCCCAAGGUCCCCAUCGUACGCUAUGUUUACAUCCAUCGCCCUCCUACAUCGUCACGAGCCAACAACCCGCCCGUCAAGGCCAUGUUGUUCUUCAACGGCACUGAGAAGCAACUUGCGAGAGCGACGGAGCUUGUUAUGGAUUUCCCUGGUGGCGGCUUUAUUGCUAUGGGUCCCGAAUGUCACGAGGAGCGCCUGCGCACCUGGGCGAUCCGCACAGGCAAACCGAUUCUGAGCAUCGACUAUGGCAAGGCCCCAGAGUACCCUUACCCUUGGGCUAUCGAGGAGGGCAUUGACGCCUACCGCACAAUCACGGACACCAAGGGUGCCGUGAUCGGCAUCAAGAGCCGUCACCUCGGUGUCGUCCUCACCGGCGACUCUGCCGGCGGGAACAUAUGCGCGACCAUCAUGAACCGCAUUCUCGAGCACCACAAGCACAUCACGCGGCCUGUGGCUAUGAUCCUAGCCUACCCCGCCCUUGACUUCAACUACACCUCGUGGAUGUCGCCCACCAACUUACGUGUGCUCCAGACCGAGCAAUCCGAGGUGCACAUUCCGGGUCUCGUCCACGGCAAGGACCACUUGCGCCACAAGUCGCCAUUGUCCGUGGUCGACGACGUCAGCAAGCCCAAGCGCCCGACCGCAAAGUCGCGCAAGAGCUGGGCCCACUCGAUCAGCUCAAAGUUCGGCCUCGGCAUGACACCUCGCUCGUCGGAUUCAAAGCCGCAGCCGCGGAGAUCGAUGACUGCGACCAGACCGCUCACCAAGCGGACAGAGUCUGGCUGGUUCGCGUCGCGGGAGGACAGCGAGUUUUCAGAUGGCCUGUCAGACGUCAUGUCGUCGGACGACGAGGACGAGUCCUCGAUAGACUGCCGCAACGACGCGGACAAGUGCUUGGCGGAGCGCGUCAAGACGCCGGGAGUGUUUGCCGACGAACGCUUCACAGACGGUAUCCUGUCGACCUCUCCCCAGCCCACGCCCUCCGCUGACGACGUGGCGGACGGGGCCGUCGUACCGACCACCCCGAAGCCGGUCAAGAAGGCGCCGUUUGCCACGAGGCUUACCAUGACAAGUCGUGUCGGAUACUUCCAGGACCGUGUCAUCUCGCCGUCGAUGAUGCGCGCCAUGGCCAUUCUCUAUAUCGGUCCCCAGCGCUGCCCAGACUUCGAGACCGACUACUACAUCUCGCCUAUCCUCUCUCCUCCCCAGAACCUGGCGCACUUCCCACCCGUGUACCUUAUCUGCGGUGAGCGUGACCCAUUCGUUGACGACACUGUCAUCUUUGCGGGUAAGCUCCGUGAAGCGAAGCGUACCCGCCGGGCGCACGCCGCUAACCCGGGCGACAACAAGAGCAGCAAGCAUGGCGAGGGGUUACGGAUGACGACGGGCAAGCCCAACGAGGAACCGCCUGACCACAUCCUGAGGGAGACGGACGAGGACUGGGUGCAGAUGCGCAUCAUCGAGGGCUGGGGCCACGGCUUCAUGCAGAUGUCGUCGCUUAUGCGCGAGAUUGACCCAGUACUGGUCGAGAUGGCCGACUGGAUCGACGAGUCGUUUGAGCGUGCGCGCCUGGUCGAGAAGGACAAGGAGGAAGUCGCUGCGGCCCACGCUGCCGCACGUGCGGCCUUCAAGCCGGAUGCGCCUGUCACGUCGGCGCAGGACAGCCUGCCGUCGCCGCUGCGCUCGCGACACGUCAAGCCUGUACGCGAGUACACGCACACACGGAAGGACCAGGUGGUUGGCGACGCAGACCUCGGCAUGGACUUUGGGCCAGGCAACUCGGACAACGAGGACAACAUGGACAACAUUAUCUCGUUCACGCCCAAGAUGAAGAAGCGCACGCCGCCGCCGUCGCAAUUCAACCCGGUGCCACGACGGCCAUCAGGCGACGUGCUCAAGCGCGAGAACAGUGUUCCCAACUUUGAUAGCACGGAUGACUCUGGCUCGUCGGGCGAGACCGUGGUGUUACAAACGCCACCAGUGGGCCGCAUCGUUCUCCCAUCGACACCCGCCCAGCCUAAGGGCACGAUGUCGUUUGGCCUCUUCUCACGGCCGGCAGCCGCCAACCGCGGACCAAUCGCCUUCUCAAAAACGCCCGCCACGUCGCUGUACGCGCCCACAGCCGCGAGACGCGGCACUCCGGCGCCCUCCCUCCAGCCGCACAGCACCAACCCCAUCGUCAAGGCUGCUGUGGCGGGUGCGCGUGCCGCCUCGCCCGCACUCCAGGCGGCCGGCCUCGUACCGCAGAGCGUACACAGCCUCGACCCAGAAGAGAUGUACCGCCGCCGCCGUGCCGAGGCCGUCUUCGGCAUGGAGAGGGAGGACUCGAACAGCGACAAGUAA